AUGACUGAACUGCGGAAGCAGAGGCGCCAAGUCGUCCAGUCCGCUAAGGAGGAAAUAGCGCAAUUUUGGAGUCAAAGGAAAGGUAGCUCCACAAAGCGUCCUAAGGGGCCAAGCCAAGCCCCUGCCGAGACCACCUUCGUAUUCCAACUUCCGCUCUACCCGUCACUCCCCAUCCCAUCGAAAAUCAUGCCUACCGUAGAUUGUCUGCCUGUGGAAGUGCGACGACGGAUUUGCCUUUCUGUCCGUGAUUACUCAUGGCAUGAUCUGUCCGCUCUAAGUCGAGCAAGCAAAGAAUGGCAUGAUUUCGCAGCUACGGAGCUUUACAGGCACCUUCGACUGGCAUUCUCCGACCGCACAGAUCUUCAGAAUGACAUGUCCGAGCUUCGCACAGAUGGCCUUGGUCGUCAGUACCUACGAUAUGCACGAACCCUCGAACUCGACUCAUUGUUGGAAACCCGUGACGUCUCACUCCAGUUCCUGACCUGGACCCUCGCCUAUUAUCGGCAGGAGGACUGGGAGCCGAUAAUCGACCUCCUUUCGCGCUUGCAGCAUCUUCGGCUACUCAGCUACGCCGUGCUCAAUAUGUUUCCUACUUGCCUGUUCCAAGCGCUUCAACAGUUACACCCAGCCUGCCAAUUGGAUGUCUGGACUUCCCAGUCUCCAACUCUUGACCUACCCGGUCUAGGACGCUCCCACCGUUGCGUUGGUAAACAGUUCAAAGAGCCUUUUGACCUCAACAUCCUGCGUUCCUCAGCACUUCGUACCCUCAAGGCGGUCUAUACAGUGGGCCAGGAUCCUGAACAGGGAUGGAUACAUAACGACGAGGCCUUCUCUUUCAUCUUCACGGCCCCGAAUCUUAAACAUUUGCUCGUUGACGAGAUGCCCGCCCGGCGUGAUAAUCCGAUUAUGAAAGUCAAACGGGAAUGGCAGGAGUUUGCCUCCCAGGCGAAGCCUUCUCGUACCUCACCCUGCAUAGAUACCUUGACUUUCAUCAAUGGCGAUCCUCAUCACCCGUAUGAGCGCAUCCUUCUCAAUAUCUCAACCAUGGUUGAUCUCUCUAGACUGCGAUCCCUUGAUGUGGCCGUCAAUUCGGAGCCGGCUAUGUUAAGUAAAGCAGCAUCGAUCCUCGGUCAUUUGGAACGUCUGUAUGUACAUAUGGUUCCCUGGAAUAAGCAACGCAUCACCGAUUGGUACAAUGAUCCCGAGGGUUCCACAUGGGAUGAUGAAGAAAUGAUAUCUGCAGUGCAAGCAUUCAGGCCGCUACGGUUUUUGUGCCUGCGGGGGUUGCGAAAUUUUUCCUCUCUAUCCCGCAUUCUCUCCUCCCACCACUCCUUGGAGGGCCUCAGUCUUGAGGGUUCCGAUCGGCAUCCGCGAACACCCCCAGAUGGAUUCAAAUACCCUAUCUUCAAUAGCGAACACAUUCGGUCCAUAGCCAAGUUAUGCCCGCGACUCGAAGAGCUCCGCAUGCCACUACAGCGGUCUCAGGGUAAUGCUCAGGAGUGCGAGAUUUAUAAGGCCCUCGGGCAGCUUUCGCGCAUUCAGACCGUUUACCUCGAUCUUGACUGCGAUCCUCGGAGUUCGCCACAAGAGGACGAAAUCCCAGGUCCCAGCUGCCUCCGGGAGAUUCUCAUCAACUCCGCCAUUGACGAAAGCCUCGUAACCGAAAUCUUUAAGCUUGUUUUCGUUCACCAGCAGACUCGCAAAAUCAAGAACUUGCGCGUCAAUCUCGUGGGAGCAGAUGGCUUUAGUCGAGAACUGGAACAUGUGAUCCGGCAGCUUGCUAGAUCAUUCCUUGUCACCCGAAAUGACUUUUACCUCAAUACGGAUGAGCUAGUGGAGGUCAAGGAGAUUGGGGGAGUCGCGUGGCAAUUGUGUCGUGAGGACGAGAUUGGCUAUUCGGGGCCCGUCCAUAUCCCUCGGGAUAUCAAGGAGGUUUUGGAGGAGUUCUGGCCGUUGCAAUCGGAUAGGAAUCGAAGUAAGAAGUGGAAGGAGUUUCCAUUGCUGGUCCGAAGUUUUCCCCUGGAGAGUAUGCACUGA